AUGUCUCCUCAUCCUGACAUUGUCGAUCAAAUACUUACGCGCACCAAGACCAAGGACAUGGGUACACCAUCUACACAGUCAGGCGUGGAGCCACCUUCCGGUAUCCAGGGCAAAGGAACAGUGGACGAGCCGUACGACCAAGGCAAUGCGCCAGGUAAAACAUGUUACACCAUCGCUCCCAUCUGA